AUGUCCUGUGAUACUAAUAAUUUUACUGUUGGAGAAAUUCCGAGUGGAUCUUUAUACCGAGUAAGAAGAGAAGAUGUCACUCAAUCUCUAGAAAGUGAGCAUGACAUGUUAUUCACUCGGGUUGUUGCAAAUGAAGGAAGUAUCUCCACUGGAAUUACAAUUACUUAUAUAGAAUAUAAAGAUACGGAUGAAAAACAGUUGUCUGAAAGUAAUAAUCUAACGACUGAUGAAAUAGAAUCAGAAGUUGCCAUAAAAGAAGUUUCAUUUCGUUUUUACCUGGGAACUGUCAAACAAGAACUCACAGAUGUUUUUUUAAAUGAGUUAAAAAAACUAGGAUUAGACAUGCAGAACUGUCGAGGUCAAGGUUUCGUUAAAGGAGCAAACUUGAAAGGUCGCCAUUCUGGUGUUCAAACAAGAAUUUCUAGUCUAAACCCUUUGGCUUUUUUUGUUUCCUGUGCCUGUCAUAAUUUGAAUUUAUUUUUAUCUGAUGCUGCAAAAUCUUCAUUUAGUUUAGUGUUUUUUUUUUCCUUAAAAAUACUUUCAAAGAGAAGGUUUAACUCUAAAGUCACUUUCAAACACUCGGUGGGAAGCACGCAUAAACAGUGUUAA